GGAAUCAACGUUCAACGGAGCUUCACGCAAUUGCUUCAUUGUCGUCUUCCCCGCCCAUGGCUGCAGCGCACUCACAAUUUCCGCCAUACUAGGUCUUGCCGCCGGAUCCUGCUGCCAUGCCCUUUCCAUGAGAACCUAUAUGGCAACCUCACAUCCUUUGGGACGUUCCGGACGGAUCCCGUCCAGCACAAUGGCUCUGACCGUAUCGUUGUCCAAAACGUGUUCAAAAGGUACUUUGCCAUCUGCGAUGACUUCCCACAUCGUCACUCCAAAGGAAUAAACGUCGCUCGACUUUGAAGAAGCAUGUCCUCUGAGCCGUUCUGGUGCGGCCCAGCGUGCCGUUCCCGGACCUUUUUGAUAAGCCUUGCAUCCCUUGGAAGAUGAGAGAGCCCGUAUGCCUGCAAAUCCAAAAUCCGCGAGCUGAACGUGACCCGAUCCGUCGAUGAGGGCAUUGGCAGCCUUGAUAUCAUCGUGCACGAUAUUCUUCUUGUGCAUGAAGGCGAGUGCCUGGGCGACUUCGUAAAGGAGCCGCAGUUUGGUCUCUGGAUGGGUGCGAACGUAUUGCCGGAGGGUCCCGUUCGGCAUGUAGGGACAUACCAUGAAAGGGGGUUGAGCGGUGACGCUGGCUCCGAUCAAUGGCAGAAUGUGUGGGUGUCGCAAAGAAUACCAGAUUUUCACCUCAUGUUCAAAGUUUCGCCGGUCCAUAUCGUCUUCCAGCUCGUCUUUCAACUGCUUUACCGCUAUUUUUGUGUUCCCGUCCAUGAGACCAUGGUACAUCCGCCCGAAACCGCCCUCGCUGAUCAAGUCUCCCGUCUCAAUUUCGUAAUGCGUCAGCGUCCAUUUGUGCACCUUGAUUUCGUUGCGAUCCGUGAGUUAAGACACGCUCAAGAGCGCUUCGUAAGCUGCAUUCGCAAAUUUUCCUGACACAUCCACCGUGUUCUUCUUCUUCGCCAAGGCUUGCAGAGCUUCCCGCAUUUCUUUGCGAUGAACCUUGAUCGCGUUUAAAAUCAGAUUCUGAUUGGCAGUCAGAAGGCUCUCCAAUAGAAAUGGAAGGUUGCUUGAUCUCCUUGUCGAGCCUCCCGAUCCACUCUUUCGUCAACAGCGAGCGCCAACUGCAGAUCACCGGCUAGCUGCGUCAAUUCCACGCCAAAUACUGUGAGUUGAACCGAUAUAUCCUCAUGCCGGAUGACUUGCUCUAGGAGCGUGCGCUUGCCAAGCUUCUCAACGUGCUGCUGGAUUUCUUUGAGCAGUCUAUGAGACAUGGGGUGUGCAACAUUAAAUAUAAUUAAAUAUCUCACAUAUCCACGGAUUCGAAACGAAACCUGCACAGCGCCUUCUCAUACAUACCUCUGUACUGCUGUCAGUUGCGGAUUCGAGAUUGCGGGGAGCAACUUCAACUGAACUGUUGAACGCGAUCAUUCAGCCGCGCACACUGCAGUUUGUUACAUGAAACAGUUUGCACAGCGGUUGCGACAGCACGAAUUUAUAGUGUACACGUCUCCAAGCGAGGGAUACAUGUUGACCUUUCUCUUGCGCAGUGGCAACCCGUAAGGGAGACAAGAUCGAAACUUCCAUGUUUUUGUUUCCCUGGAAUGUUAGCUUUUCCUAAGUGCUUCGAUAAAUCGGACACUAUUUUGGGAAUGCCCAAGUUGUCAAUGCAGUUACCGUACGGUUGGAACUAAUUAUAGCUCUUUGGCACAAUAGGAUACUAUAUUUAGGACAUUGCCAAAAGUCAAAACACUGUUGAAGAGUGAGAGCGAUUUGAAAGGAUCUGUUGAGGAUCUGAAAACAAUGGCUGCUUACUACCAACAGGGGUGUUAUCAAUGAGCCGCCCGCUUAUUCUCCGUAAGCAUUUAAAGUUUGCGCUCAGUUUCUAUAUGGAACGAUCACUCUUUAAGGUGUUCUUCCUUUAACCAGCCAAAUAUGCUCGUCGUGAGCACAACAACCGUCAUACCUAGCAUGUUAUUAUAUGCUCUCAGUUUAGCUAUCGGCUUGCUGAACGUUUUGCAUACCAUUAGAAGGGUUCUCAGUCCGGGUCACAGAACGAUCGCUUACUUUUCCACCGCGUCCCAAUUUAUUAUGCUCGUCUCCUACGUGAUAUCAACCGUAAACGCUGUACAUUAUGCGAGGGGAGAAUACUCAAAGUACCAAUAUGGCGUGUACCUAUCCGAAUUGUUCCUCGUCGCUGGGUCGUUCAUGCUGCUGCGUAUUGCUGAAACCUAUUUACCAGUGGUUCAGAUUCACAUGGGAUAUAAUGCGUCGUGGAACAAAGCUGUACGAGGAUGGACAUUAGCUCUAUUUUCCUUUGUCCUUUCGGGGAUUAUUGCCGCUACUGCUGCCCAACAAAUACUGGAUCCGACCAAGGAAAUACACAAGUGGCUGUUUGCAGCAUGGGGACUGUAUGCUGCGGUGUCGGCCGCUGCCUUGUCGCUGCUCGUAAUCCGGUUGGUCGUGAAUGUGAAAGCGGACGUGAGUCUUCGAAACGCGGGACGAACCGGACUCGAGGCUGUCAAGUUUCUUGAGGGUACGCUCAAGAAGGCGAUCCUCGCAGCGUCGAUAGCGGUUCCUGGUGCCAUUGUACUGGGUAUAAUAUCUGCUUUUCCCUACAGUAUUCUCUUGGAUGGCCUUUGUACUUUUUAUAUAUCCCUGUAUUGCGCCUGGCUGUUUCACAUGAUGUAUACCAUCAGAACAGUUAUCACGUUCACACCAUCACAGGGGGAGUAUGCAGCUCCGACAAGGCUGGUAAAUGGGGUGGAGGCUGUUGAGGAGAGCCGACGGUCGGAGAAUGCAAUAGCUACAACAACAGUAAUAACAACAAAGCGCAGAUCCAUACGUGAUAUAUAGCGGAUAUAGGUAUAUGUACAAUUGACACGCUACAGAAACAAAGUUCUUGUAAACGGAUUAGUUAUCAAACUUCAAGUUGUGAUAUAAAUCUUGUAGCUGUCGCCUCUCCCUCUCGGUAAACCGGUAGUCACAGCCAAUACGACUGAACUUCUGAAGAUUCUUGGUAUUGGCAUUGCGUUGCAGCCACAUCUUGAGACUACGUUUGGAGAUUUGCUGCACAAGAAGAUUUCCAGGAUCAGCAGCUGGGCAGGGAACACAGACUACAUUGCGUACAGUUCACCUACUGGACACGAAAAAAUCCAUAAUGUCUCAAGCUCAGGACAAGACUCUUCCAGUACUUUGAGCACUCUGGAAGUAACGUACGAUCCUUCGAACAAAAACAUAUUUCGGAGUUUUUUGCCACUUUUACGAAUCAAGGGAACCAAGCUGCGUUCUGUCACGGAAUCGCCGCAGCUGACUGUGAACUCUUCAAGACCUCGCCCAUGCGCUGCUAGCUCAUAGAUGCCAGUAUCUGAAAUGCAGUACUGGCCGAGAAGCUGGACGAUAACGAGAUGGGGAAGAGAGGAAAUGGCGCUCAAUGAUUCAUCGGUGAUCCGACUAAUUAGUAAGUCGUCCGCGCCUAAAUGGAGUCCUGUAGGUGGGAUAAAAAAGAUUAGAAAACUAUGCAAGUACCCGAAUUUGGUUUUAAUUAUUCACCAAUUGUCUUAAUGCUGGGCAACUUUCGGCAAUGAGCUGAAACCCGUGCGA